GUGGCCUGGCCCUGCUAAAUGCCGCCACUGACGCUUUCGUCGCGGCGCCUCGCGAAGCCAAGGCGCCAACUCUUCGUGGCAGCUCCAGGUCUCAGGCCCAGGCCCAGUCCCCGGGAGUUUCCUCGCUCUCGGCGCUCGCAGCGGGCGGUGCUGUGGCUGCGGCGGUGGCCACCGGGCGCCCAGGCCGCCAGACGCGAAGCUCUCUCCUCCCUACGUCGGUAAAGGAGAACCGCGUUGCUUGCAAAGCUCUGGAUCAGUCCAGCCGAUAUGCUGACUUGUCCCUGGAUGAGGCCACCCUUGUCAA